AUGCCUACUGCAAGUACUUUAACUCAUUUUCGUUGCACAAUUUGCGAUAGUAAAAGAAUCUUUAAAUCAAAAGCCGGUUUGCAACGACAUGAAAGUUUGAAACAUAGUAAUUAUAAGGAAAUUUCUGCACAUAUUUUGCUAGUUCCAGAACAUGAAUUAUAUCAUAUCAAAAAUACUAUGGUAAAAGAGUUACAAAAACGGUUAAAAAAUCAUUACUCAAAAGUUAGAAAGCAGGUUUUUUCAAUUCAUUGCAGUGAAAAUAGUUUUGUUGGCAUUUUUGGUCAAUAUUUAACUUGGUAUUCUGUUUGCGGGAAAAAAGGAUUACUAAUUGAAUGGCGAAUGAAAGGAUUUAGUGACAAGGCCGAACAUCAUUGUGAAAGUGGUGAAGUAACUUUUAGAUUCGUAGUUGAUCAAGAUUUUCCAUUUGAGAAAAUGAACAGACAAGUAAAUAUUAUUCGCUGGUGCUUGCACCAUAAUGCUAAAGAUCGACUGACAAGCAUAGAUCUUUUAAAAUGUGGAUGGUUGCCAGCUGAAAGAUCUUAUAGAUGGUUAUGGGAAGAAUAUAAAGAACAUCGUGAUGUGAACUAUGAUGUUUUGGAAAUGGAUCAUGCCUUUGAAGAGGAAAAUGCUAAAAUGAUAGCCUCUAUUAAGCAUUCACAAAAAGACUGGGGAAUUGUUCAAAAACCUUAUGGCAUUGCAUGUCAAAUUUUUGCGCCAAAACCUUGA